AUGGAUCUAUGGUUUCAUUCGAUCCGGAUUUGCUGGUGGAGGGUUUUGUUUCUGAUGAGUGUUUUCCAGGACUAUCUGAGCUCCAUGCUGGACUGCCCGCCGACCUGCAGCUGCUCUCAAACAGAGAUCUAUUGCAAUAAGUCCGACAACGGCAGGUUUUUCCCUUUACUCGCCCUGCAAGAUACUGGGAACAAUGGGACCAGUGUUGACAUAGCAGAGUUAUUCAAAAACAUCACCACUAUACACAUAGAGAACUGGACAGGAUUGCAGACUCUGAGAGACGUCGAUAUGGAGCUCUACACUGGACUGCAGAGACUAACUAUCAUGAAUUGCAACCUGAGGGUGAUCCAGGCUCGAGCGUUCGCUCAGAACCCACACCUACGCUACAUAAACUUGUCAAAGAAUCCUCUCACCACUCUGUCAUGGCAGCUCUUCCAGCACCUCCAACUCUCCGAGCUGCGUCUGGAUGGCGUGGUGUUUGACUGCGGCUGUGAUAUCCGCUGGAUCCAGCUGUGGCAGCAGAGAGGAGAGGCCGGGCUCCACACGCAGCAGCUGUACUGCAGGAACGGAGCCUCCAAGAUACGACUGCACAACAUGUACAUCCACAAUUGUGACUUACCAGAGAUCAGUGUGAGCCACAGCAGUGUGCUGGUGAUGGAGGGUGACAAUGUGACGGUGAGCUGCAAUGGAUCCGGAUCACCGCUGCCUGAAGUGGACUGGACUGUCAGCGGCCUGCACUCCAUCAACACACACCUGUCCAAUGUGUACUGGCCCAAUAUCCACUCUAUCAACCUGACUCUUUUCAACAUCAGCCGAGAUGACAACAACUUUCAGCUGACCUGCAUUGCAGAGAACGUGGUGGGGAUGACCAACUCCUCCAUCCAGCUCAACGUACAGUUUCCUCCAGUCAUCCUGAGGCUGGCUGAGCCUGAGCAGCGCCUCCACACCUGCAUCGAGUUCACGGUUCGGGGUUACCCCCACCCCAAGCUGCGUUGGUUCUACAAGCAGAAGGAGAUUGUGCAGAACGAGUACAUCCGAACUGAGAUGGACUUCUACCAGGACUAUCUGGAGGGCUGUCUGACCUUCCAGAACCCAACGCACAUCAACAACGGCAACUACACUCUGGAGGCCAGCAACCCACUGGGGACGGUCACCAAGACAGUAUAUGGUCACUUCCUCAUGGAACCGGGAAUCAUUGACGAAGACAUAGUGGAACUAGUUCCUUCGACGCCGUCAGAUGGUGAUUCAGGCCGACCAGAUGAAGAUACGUUCGGGGUUUCCAUCGCUGUUGGUUUGGCGGGCUUCGCUUGCGUCCUCCUCCUCGUCCUUUUUGUUCUCAUCAACAAAUACGGCCGACGCUCCAAAUUCGGUAUGAAAGGUCCAGUAGCUGUGAUCAGCGGUGAGGAGGACUCUGCCAGCCCUCUUCAUCAUGUCAACCAUGGGAUUAUUACCCCCUGUACUCUAGAUGCGGGUCCUGAUGCGGUUGUCAUAGGGAUGACUCGUAUUCCUGUGGUGGAGAAUCCUCAGUACUUCAGACAUGGACACAACUGCAACAAGCCAACCACCCUUGUCCAGCAUAUAAAGCGGAGAGACAUCAUCCUGAAGAGGGAGCUGGGUGAAGGAGCGUUCGGUAAAGUCUUCCUGGCAGAGUGUUAUAACCUUAGCCCAACCAAGGACAAGAUGCUGGUGGCUGUCAAGACACUGAAAGAUCCCAACCUGUCAGCAAGGAAGGACUUCCAGAGGGAGGCAGAGCUGCUGACCAACCUGCAGCAUGACCACAUUGUUAAAUUCUAUGGCGUGUGUGUAGACGGAGACCCUCUCAUCAUGGUGUUCGAAUACAUGAAGCAUGGAGACCUCAACAAAUUCCUCAGAGCCCACGGCCCAGAUGCCAUGAUCCUGGUAGACGGCCAGCCGCUGCAGUCCAACGGAGAGCUGGGCCUUUCUCAGAUGCUGCACAUCGCCACCCAGAUUGCCUCGGGCAUGGUCUACCUGGCCUCGCAGCACUUUGUCCACAGAGAUCUGGCAACCCGCAAUUGCCUGGUGGGCAAUGGCCUGCUGGUCAAGAUCGGAGACUUUGGCAUGUCCAGGGACAUCUACAGCAGUGACUACUACAGGGUUGGAGGACACACCAUGCUACCUAUUCGCUGGAUGCCCCCAGAGAGCAUCAUGUACAGGAAAUUCUCCACGGAAAGCGACGUCUGGAGCUUCGGAGUCAUCCUGUGGGAGAUCUUUACCUACGGGAAGCAGCCUUGGUUUCAGCUGGGUAACAACGAGGUUAUUGAGUGCAUAACCCAGGGUCGGGUUCUGGAGAGGCCUCGGAUUUGUCCUAAGGAGGUGUAUGACAUCAUGCUGGGCUGCUGGCAAAGGGAACCGCAGCAGCGACUGAACAUUAAGGACAUUCAGAAGGUCCUGUUUGCCAUGGGAAAAGCCACGCCGGUCUACCUGGACAUCCUGGGCUAG